AGACUACACCUAUACGAAACAGGGUUUAUGCAUGGGCCACAUUUCCAGUAGAAAAUGCAGGAUUUGACAAUUUCAGUCUUUCUUGGGUUUCCCGCCCGCCGCAGUCUUGGACCAUAUAAUCAUGGUGGAUAUGAUGGAGUUGCCCAGGGCGCGCAUCAACGCCAGCAUGCUAAUUCAGUUCAUUGACAAGCCUGUCUGCUUCGUAGGGAAGGUGGAAAAGAUUCAUCCCUCCGGAAAAAUGUUUAUUCUUUCAGAUGGAGAAGGAAAAAAUGGAACCAUCGAGUUGAUGGAACCUCUUGAUGAAGAAAUAUCUGGAAUUAUGGAAGUGAUUGGGAAAGUAACCGCUAAGGCGACCAUCAUGUGUUCAUCUUAUGUCCAGUUUAAAGAAGAUAACCAUCCUUUUGAUCUUGGACUUUACAAUGAAGCUGUGAAAAUUAUCCAUGAGUUCCCUCAGUUUUAUCCUUUAGGGAUUGUGCAACAUGACUGAUCCUGAUGGAUUUUCAUAUUAUUGCAAAUGAGCUAUAUUAAAGACUAUUAAAGGAGGAAAAAAAAA